AGCGGCCGCCGAUGGCGCUCAGUUCGCAACUGGACGAUCUUGGGAUAACAGCACAUCACAACAUUGGCUGGAAAGCGUGAAGGGUGAGAAUCGGAAGCUGACUUAUGUGAGGCCAGUGCUUAAAGUCACAGCAAACAAACAACGGCAACAACAACAACGAGCAAUAAGUGGACACGCGAAGAGAAGAAAGUGUGAAACAGUGACAGAGGGAGCGAAUUCAUGUGAAUCUCUGGGAGCUUCUUUACAAGCUAAAUAGACAGAGUGUUGGUGACGGACUGUGACGCGUUUCCGUCGUAAUUGGAGCGGGGAGAGACCGGGAUGAGCUGAGACGACGACGGGGUACCGAAUACAUUCGAGAGUCAACUGACCAACGACGCUCAAGUGAGACCCAUUAGGAGAAUUCCCCAGAUAUAGCACUCCCGAGGAAAUGCUAUAACGCAGAAGAUCUUCGACGAUAAUAUUUAUUAGUCACGUUAUGUUAAUUAAAAUGGCACCCUGAGAGAGCUGUUUGUGGGAGUGAUUAAGAACCCAGCCGAAGUGAGAAUUGAGUUUUAUUCUUAAACCGUAAGAGUGCGGAAAAAAAAUGUUCAGUGUCGUUUUGUAUAUCCACUGCUUAUCGCUUAUCGUGGCCGGAGUCUCAUCACAAGAUCCCCAGCCUAGUCUAAGCCCCCCGACACCGCCGACUCCCCCAUCCCAAUCGGAGCGACAGUUUCGAGUGGUCUACGAGUGGAAUGUGCUGGAUUUUGCGUACGCCACCGAGGAUGACCGUGCCCGAGCGCUUUACCACGGAGAUUACGUCCCCACGAAUGUGCUAAUCUCGGACUGUAAGCCGUAUGCGAACCGUCUGUAUGUAUCCAUCCCCCGAAUGCUGGCCGGUGUUCCGGCCACGCUUGGGUAUUUCGUUCGACCGGAGAAUAACGGACGAACGGAUCCGGAGAUUGUUCCGUACCCAUCGUGGGAAAUGAAUCGCCGCGGGAACUGUUCGGCACUGCAGUUUGUCCAAGGGCUCGCCAUCGAUAAGUACGGAAUCAUGUGGGUUGUCGAUUCCGGUCGAACCGAGACUCUGCAGAGAGGUGACAACCACGUGAUAUGUCCCCCGAAAAUCCUCCUGCUGGAUCUGAAGCGCAACGGAACCGUUGUGCUACGCCACGACUUCCCCCAGGAUGUCGUUCCCACCGGUUCCAACUAUCUGAACAAAAUCGUCGUAGACGAUGCCUUCGGAGGGUUCGCUUACAUCACCGACAACAGUGGCGCCGAUCCGGGAAUCGUGGUAUACUCGCGUCGACUGAACCGAUCGUGGAAGGUCCGCGAGAACAACUCAAUGCGGGCUGCGCACAACGCCGUCCGGUUCGCCAUCAACGGUACGGAGUUGAACUUCUCCAUUCACAUCGAUGGAAUCGCACUGGGACCGUACUACAAUCCGCACAUUCAGAACGAUAUCGACCCCCAGGUCGAUCCAUUGAUCGCUAACCAGAACUACGAACGUAACGUCUACUACAGUCCACUGUCAAGCUACCAUCUGUAUUCGUUGCCAGCUUCGCUGUUGCGUGAUCCGGAGUUUAUUUUGAAGGCGACUCCCAGGGAUAUUUUGGAGUCGGUGACCGACUAUGGACGCAAGAGCUCCCAAACCGAUGGGAUGAUAAUGGACAAUCAGGGUCUGCUGUACUACGGACUGCUGGGAGAUCAUGCCAUCGCUAGGUGGGACUCGUAUAGGCCAUUCUCGGCGAAAAACCAGGUCGUCAUUGCAAGGGACAAAACCCACAUUCAGUGGAUCGAUGGGAUGGGAUUCGAUCACGAGGGUUACCUGUACGUGUUGGUCAACCGGUUGCACAAUUUCGUCGCCGGGAAGUUGCAUCCAGACGAGGUCAACUUCCGUAUUCUGCGAUCGAAAACCGGAGCAUACGGGUACGUGCAUACGCCGGACAAUGUUUUCAACAACGAUGUGAGGUACAAGUAUGACGGGGAAGUUGAUAACAGUCUGCUGCAUUAUGGUGUGUCAUCUACAACCCCGAUUUCGAGUCGGUUGGAAACAGCCGGAGUUUUUGGCAGUGUAAGAGGUUCGGCUGAUACACGAAUUGUUAACUUUGUAGCGCUUGCACUGUGUAGUCUAGUGGCGAUGCUCGUGGCGGCUUGAAGUCGUUUGUGUCGUUGAGGUUAAUUGCUGAUUUCAGUUACCGAACAGUAUCUUAAUUAAAUGUUAAGCCAAAAAUCUAAUUGUAAAUAAUCGAUAAUACGAAUGUAAAUAAUCCUUCCGAUACGAAAUGUUAUUGUUUUGCAGUUGAGAAUAAAGUUGAUUAAUCGA